AUGCCAUCAGUGAAGGUACAAACCAGGACUGGCAUCUACGUCAUCACAAAUGCCCUCACAGACCACCUGAAAAAACACACACAAGUUGCAGUGGAAGCCAACGGCAUCAAGGUCCUGGAAAAGACGCUGCGAGCUGUAGCUAUGUCCUCUGCAGACCUGCAGAAGUCCACCGGCUUUCUGCCAGGCUUCGGCUGGUUGGGACUUCGACUGGAUCGCUUUGAUGCAGUCCGUCCUGAUGCGCCAUGCCUUCUGCGUGGCCAGGUGGGGCGUCUGCUGGAGCCACCCAUGAUCAGUGAGGACACGGUCAUCAAGGUGAAGAAGACUGUUGACACCGAGAGCCUUGCGGAGGACUUCAUCGAACAACUGACCGAUGGUGACGAGAUCUCUGCAGCGUGUGCUCGCUUUGUAGGCGAAGCUGCUGCUGAUCGCGUGCUUCAAGCAGCGCAGAUUGCACAAGGGCAACUGCAGCAGGAGAGACGCGAUCUGCAGCUUGCGCUGAUACCCUCUGUCGGAUCUGCUCUUUCUCUCGCGAGUUUCUCGCACACGGAGGUGCUGGUGCUGCUCUGCCCAUGGGCCAACGUGGCGACCGAGGUGCCUGGAAUAGCGCCGGUGAGACAGCGGCACAGCCGGAAGUUCAUGGAACAAAUGGACAUCCUGCCGCCUUCAGGAUGA